GUUUAAUGAAUUAUAACAUCACUGAUUUAUAUUUGUAUGCAUUGGUAGCAAUGAACUGUGAAGAAUUACUGAUUUUGCAAGAAAACAUAACUCUAACUUAUUUGAAUUUGAUGGUAUGUGACAACAAUCAAAAAAUUAAUCUGUCGAUUUUACAAUCUUAGUUUAUCAUAUCUGGCAUUCUUAUCAGUUUUGAAGUUUCGUUUGUUUAUCAGCUUAUCGAUUUUCAAUAAAAGACGAGUAAGAUCAAAAGUCCUGGUUCUAAAUAUUGGCUGUUAAUAUUCUCAAUUCUGUAUAAAUUUUAUGCAUAUAAAAACAAAUUUAAAGUAUAUUACAAUUGUUUUUUUAGAUAUAUUGGAGAAAUAAAAUUAAUGGAAUGUUAACUAAACAAUCAUGUAUGAAUGUAUAAAGAGGCUCAUCUCUCAAGGAGAUGAAGAAUCACUUGAGUGCCUGUGUCAAUUGCUGAAAACGAAGGGUAAAGAAUUAGAUGAUCCAACUGUUGAAGGUUCAAAAGAAAGUAUGGAAGGUUAUUUUACACAAAUGCAGAAAAUAUUAGACAAACAUUUUAACAAUUCUAAGGUCAGAUUAAAGUUGCAAGAAGCAACAAAUUUAAAAAGGGAGGUUGUCGCAGUGUCAGUUUCAACUGAUCCAAAAGUCCCUCAAAGUCAAGCAGGUGAGCAGCCUCUGUCUCCUAUAACUACUGCAAUUGUAGAUAGUGAAUUACUUAGUACUACUAUUCCUCAACCUUGGGAAAUACUCCCUGACAAUUCAUCUCAAAGUGAUAUCUCCCGAGUUGAACAGCAGAGUGAUUCAUCUUCAGUUUCCCCUACAACUGAUAAUGAAGACAAAGAAAAUGUAGAUGAUCCAGUACAGAAUGAAACUAAACAAUCAAACAAACUAAAAUAUAGCUACAAAGGAGAUCGAUGGAGGCCUGUAAAUAAAGAGGGAAAUAAACGAUAUGAUAGGGAUUUUCUUCUUCAAUUACAAUGCCAGCCAUCGUCCUUAGCAAAACCCCAGAACUUGCCAAACCUAGAUGCCAUUAAAGACAAAAAAGAUCGAUUUCCUAGAAUGGACGAAAACAAUCCUAAAACCAUUGAUCAAAUGCCGCCUGUUGAAGUUCGAUGGCCGGUGUAUAAUGGCAAAGGAAAGAGAGGCAGCAAGGGUAAAAAAAAAAAGACUGAAUAUAACAAGAAAAGUAAUUAUGGUGGAGAAAUGGAUGCUUUCCUUGAUGAGGGAGAGGAGGUUGUCGCAGUGACAGUUUCAACUGCUCCAGUAGUCCCUCAAAGUCAAGCAGAUCAAUGGAGACCUGUAAAUAAAGAGAGAAAGAAACAAUACGAUAGGGAUUUUCUUCUUCAAUUACAAUGCGCGCCUCUGUCCUUAGUUAAACCUCAGAAAUUGCCAAACCUAAAUAUCAUUAAGGACAAACCUCACAUACAUAGGUUGGACAUACUAGAGCGAACGCCUGUACUAUCUACCUAUCAGUUUUUGCCGACUUUUGCUCGGAGUGGUGUACUUGAGGUGGAUUGGCUUCCUAGAAAGGACGAAAAGAAUCCUAAAGCUAUCAAACUAACUCAAAAAGAUGCUGAACCUGAAACAUACGAGGAACAAGAGGAUUUGCAGAGCAUACCCUUCCAAAGAAGAGUACCUCAUGACCGAGACAGAAUUAAAAAUUCUGCUCCUUGUAAGAUGGUAACAUGUGAAGAUGGGUGGACGUCUUCUACAAACAGCAGUUAUAGUCUUGUUGAUCCUAAUAAAUUAAAACUAACUAAGCCUAGUGAUGUCGACAGCAUAAAGCUUGGACCAGAAAGAGCAAUGCAAAGUUCAGGUGGAGAUGAAACUGGUGGUAGAGUAGGUCCUUCUAAACCUGAUAAGGCUGCAGCUGAAAACACUGAAAUAUCUGAAGUGGGCUUGAUGUCUUCUUUAAAAAAUAAAAGUACCUGUAGCAGUGUUGAUCCUAAUAAAUUAAAUUUGACUAAGCCCAGUGAUGCCGACAGCAUAAAGCUUGGACCAGAAAAAGCGACGCUAAGUUUGAGUGGAGAUGAAAUUGGUGGUAGUGCAGGACCUUCUAAACCUGAGAAGGCAGCAGCUCAAAAAUCUAAAAUGUCUGAAGUGGAUUUGAUAUCUUCUACAAAAAGUAAAAGUGGUAAUAGCAAUGAUGAUCCCAAUAAAUUAAAACUGACUAAGCAAUUGUCUACUGAACCAAGCAAUGCGCCUCAUGAUACGAAUAGACAGGCUGUUGCAUCUCAAACAGAAAAGUAUACUAACUCUGGUGGAAUGCCCACUCUUCAACAGCAAUAUCAAUCGAUGUAUGGUCUAGCAUCUAAUCCUCAAAAUGCUACUUUAGUACAACAACGUCAACAGAUGCGUUCUAAUCCUAUGGCAAUGCCGGGAUACUAUACAGCUCGAAGUAGCGUGCCACAAACUAUACCAAACAUGGGAAGGACACCAUUGCAAACUGCUGUCAACCAAGCUGGGCAACAACCAACAUCUCACUAUGGACAGAUGUUACCUCCUUUUUCUCAUCCUAUGCAACCAGACAUUGUGAACCACCAAUUUCAACAAAUGUAUCAACAGAGGCCAUUUAGUCCUCCCCAGAACAUAAUAUUCCCAGCAGCAACUGGCCAGCCUGUUCAUCUUAAUAAUCAAUGGGGUACUCCAUACAAAAAUCCUCCGCAAGCUAAUUCAAAAGGUUUCUAUCAGUCCCUGCCAACUUACACCAACCCCAUUUCGCCUGCACAACAAAUUUCUCAGCAGCCUGCUCAGCAGACACAAAAGAAAACAAAAGCUUAUGCAAUAAUUGAUCCUGCAACAGGAAGAAACAUUUUUGACGGCAGCAAUGAUGAUGAGGAUAGUUCUCGUUCAACACCAGAAAAAGAAAUUAAAUUGGAAUCCACAUUUUGUCCUACAAAAGUAAAACCGACCACGUCAACGUCAAUUGACGAAAUUAAAAAGAAUCUCCUUGAUUUACUGCAAAAAACUGACGAAAGUGAAAAAAUACUUGAUUGGAUAGAUGCCAAUGUAUCUGAAUGUACAGAACCUAAAUUUAUUCGUGCCUUGGUGUCUGCAGUGCAUGAAAAUGCCAUAAAAGAUACUACUUCUGGGUGUGAAUUAGAUGCUGCAAAAUUGAAAAAAAGGAUAUCUAUCCUGAACCGAUAUAUAGAUCAUAAUGAAAAUCUAGAACUUCAAGCUUUAUAUGCUAUUCAGUCACUAAUGAAUCAACUAAAUCAACCCAAAGGAAUUCUAAGGCAGAUUUUCGACAUCCUCUAUGACGAUUACGUAAUCACGGAAGAAUCUUUUUUGAACUGGGAACAAAGUAUUGAUAUAAAUGAAGUUGAAGGCAAAGGUGUGGCAUUACAUUCUGUCAAAUCUUUUUUAGCUCGGCUAAAGGAAAACAGAUUCUGGUGAUUCUGUGACUGAUGAAUGACUGAUGCUGUAAACCUGUUUUUGCCUAGUUAAAGACUUGAAAAUAGUUAUUUUAAGUCAAUUCUUUUUAUUCAACUGUGUUGUUUGAAUUUGAUGCUAUUGUUAUCUUGAUUCACUUUGUAAAAAAUAUAUAAAUAUAAAAGCAGUACUGUUCCUACAGGC